AUCCUUUUUUGUUCGUAACCACGAAUAGGUUUAGUAGGAGCUUGGCGUGCCGGCAGUUAUUAUUCAGGCAGCUGAAUAGAUCAUACAGGGAGCUCCGUGAGAUUCUGCGAAGCAUUUGUGGAAUUUGGCAAUGGCAACAACGACGGCAGCAGCUGGCGUCUCAACUAGCCCUUGCAAAGGCAAGCUAGACUUCGAUCGGCCCUGUAGCGCGGCACUGCCGGACAAAAGGUGCUGGCUUAAUAGCGAGUUAACGCAGUGGAACCAAGUUCUCCAAAGGCUCGUGUACGAGCUCGUCGAGGCACCGCGGGGCAGCCUGUGCCUCUCUUCGCUCUCCAACAUGACCAUCGUCGAAGAUCCCGACGUCGUCUCUCGCGACGCGGCGUUCUUCGUCACGGGGCUCCUCGAACGCCACUCUUGCAUCGAGGAAUUGAGCGUCUGCUACGCCCACGACGCCUACGAGAGCGGCGACCAGACGACGUACGCUAUCAAUCUACGCCCUUCGUCACCGGCGCCAGAAGCAGCGGUUCGUGUCAUGCGCUCCUUGUCCGUUCACAAGAUCUCGUUCGACGAAGCGCGACGUAAAGGAAAACUACACACCAUCGAAGGUUUUGACUCGCUGUUCUCGGUGCAGAAGUUGUACGUCUACGGCGAAGGGGACGAAAAGUUCACGGCCGAAGUUGGCACGAUGCUGCAACGGAACAGAAACACCAUAAAAGACUUUUCCUGCGUGUUCCGUAGGUACCCGCUCAAUUUUACGAAAGCUGUGGCGUGCCUUACGAGCUGCGAUUCGCUGUCGCUCGGUACAGCGCACGAUAUAGAAGACUUUGUCACCGGUGCGCACUUCGUUAGGCAAAUUAUGGAAGUGUCGGCGGUAUUGAAUGGACUGACAAUAAAUAUCCCAGAACGGGAGAUUUCAACACUUGCCGAAGUCGUGAUGCGAAGCACGGCAUUGACUACUUUGGAGGUGGAAUUCGACAACUCUUCUCCUACCCCCUUGUUUGCGGCGCUCGAGAAAAACACGACGCUUAGGGAACUACAUGUGGUAUUCGCCAAAAUACUUCCACACUGCGAACAAACAUUGGCAUCCGCACUCCGCAAGAACGUCUCCCUCAAGCAGCUCGAGCUUUAUGAUUUUCAAGCCGACUGCGGCUUAACGAACUUUGCUAAAGCACUUUCUCAGAACAGCUCUCUUGAACGUGUAGAGCUGACCAGUAGCUCACUGCGGAUGAGAGAAAUCUCAGUCAUCUGUGACGCACUUGUGACGAACAAGACGCUGAAGGAGUUGAGCCUUACUCCAGACUGUGCACUUAAGGCGGAGGAAAGAGCGGCCUUAGCCAAGCAGCUGACCAGGAACGGAAGCUACAACCGUGUCCAACUUCCUUGGGUGGAGGCUGACCUACCAGGCUUGUCGACGGCCCUGCUUUCUCUUUCCACCUGUCCCCAAGUGCUAAAUCUAAACGAAAUGACGCAAUUGUCAGAAGCCACCCUGAGUUCACUUUGCGAUACCAUUGCGCAGAGCUACGUGCGUAGUCUUGCUCUUGCCCUCAGAGUGAACAUAGAGACAAAUGCCGCGUCAAUCUGCGAAAUGCUCAAGAGCAGUCGACGCCUUCUAUACCUGCGGCUUCACUGUCCUCAGCCGUUUGCUCAAUGCGCCUUACAUGCCCUCGCUGAAAACAGGUGCCUUGACGGUCUGUCCAUUGAAAUCUACGGGAAAGUGACGAACAACACUGCGGAGGCUAUCGCGUUCUUCCUGGCUCGAAACGAGACAGUCACUCGUGUGGACAUGACUCACACGCGGUGUGUUACCACACACCAGAUGGAGGUGAUUUAUCGCGGCAUGUCGAACAACAGGCGCAUCACGGACUAUGACUUGCCUUUCCGCUUCCGUUCAGACUGCUCCAUAAGUUUCGAUGUCCUCGAAAAGCUGCGAAGGAACCGCAGCACGUUAUGCCGAGCUGUAGAGUUUGCAGAGCACCCCGUACUGGACAAACAGUCCGCCGAAGCUUUCGAGCUCUUCUUUAACAACCCAGGUUUCCGCCGCGAACUAGUCAAGGUCACCGGUAGGACGGAGGCUGAGGUGAUGCCACUGUUGAAGUCUGCUCAAAAUUACUUGCGCGACAACUACCUUGUGCUCACUGGCGUUGUUCAGCAGGACGUUCUCGAGUGUCACCCUAGAGGAGUCACCCAGGCGGACGCCCUCAACAAGGACUGUUGGCGAGCGAUUGUGCGUUACCUAAGUGUGAGUGACGUCAUCACGCCGCGUGCCUGACUUCUCCGCUGCAAACGAAUAUGGUUUCCGCAACUUAUGCAAUAAAGGUU